CGCCACGUAACGAACGCCAUAUCUUCAUACAAACAUCAGCGCCGUGCCAGAGUACCUCACCAACCACCUGAACUCGGGACAGACCAUGAACUUCUGUGCGACACUUUAAAAGAUCUGGUCCUAUGCGCGUCAGGUGUUAGGUGAUUCCAGAAAGUGACAGGCCGGAAAUUUGUCUCCAAUACACUUCACUUGACGUUAAUUACAUCAAGUAUCCUGUCGCACUUACCUUCACCGAUCUCAUUAUGAGACGUCGUUUCUGGGUUCGGGCUUUCGCCAUUACGGCCCUUCUUGGCAAUGUCUGCGCACAACUGGAUUCAUUGCCACCUUGUGGUAUUACCUGUGUCAACAAUGUCAUUGCCAAAGGCUUUGGUUGCGCAUCUGGAGACAAUACCUGCCUGUGUAAACAGCAAGACUUUGUGUUUGGUGUUCGCGAUUGCGCCUCGCAGUCAUGCACUGCAGAUGUAGCACCCAAAGUCAAUGAAUAUGUCGCGGGUCUAUGUGCAACUGCUACGCAAGUACCUCCUGCUUCAACACCGCCUGCGUCAAACCCACCGCCUUCCACACCCGCCGUUCAGCAGACAACACCCCCGGCGGUGCUGCCGUCGACUUCUCAGCCGCCACCGUCACCGUCAAGCUCGAGCGAGCCGCCGAAACCCAGCGCUGCUGAGACCCCCGCUUCCUCUGAAGUCGCCAAAACAGCUCCAUGGGAAACCUCUGGCAACCCUGUCACCGAUACUGCUCAGGCUUUCCAGCCGUCGAGUGCAGUCUCAACCACCCUCGCCACAUCCACCAGGUCAUUGUCCUCCACCUCUUCGUGGUCGACGUCGACAUCUACCGGAGCUCGCCCAUCGCAAUCCGGUUCAGCCUCGGAGACCGGAGCGGGCAACCUAGAGAGCGAUGCUGCAGGCCUCUCUUCAUCUGCCAAGAUAGGUAUCGGAGUGGGAGCAGGUGUCGGUGUCCUAGCCAUCGCCUUGGCCUUGUGGCUUCUCAUUAGACGGCCAAAGAACCGUACAAAGUCUAUGCAAAUUUCAGGCCCGAUGCCUGGCUCCGGAAGAGACUACACUGGAGGUUUCAUCGGCAUGAAAGACAAGAACCACUCGGAGCUUGAGAUGAAGUCGAGAAGGUACGAAGACAUGUUGCCGCGCCAGUCACCCAGACGUUUCGAGUGAGAAGCAGUUCACCGAGGCACUCAUCAUGCUCGUCUUUUUGAUUGGCCCAUCUAAAGCAGAUGAGCAGUGCAAGCGGAAAUCUUCCACUACAUGAAUUAUGACUAAAUGAAUGUUAAUGAGCGGUGGCGGCGGACUGGGGUUCAGGGGCGGUUGUCGAAAAAAGGUCAGCAUUAUACCACGGGAUAUCCUAUUUCUAUUGCAUAC